AGAUAAUAAGUAAUAGAAAUGAGUAGCAGCGUUUCAAGGAUAAUAUUAUGGUAUGAUAGUUUAGUAGUUGGAAUUGCUGCUUUCUUCUUCUUCUUCUUCUUCUUCAUCUGUCAUGUUCAUGUUAAUGCUAAAGAUACACUUGCCCCUGGAGAAAAUCUGUUGUUUUAUGCCGGAAAUUACUUGGAGUCAUCAAACACACAGUACAGGUUAAAAUUCAUGCAGAAACCGGCGGGGGGCUCUACCUUCAUCAGCUGGUAUUUGUGUAUACAGUUGGCCAGGUAUCACUCCCAAGAGAAUCCGGAAGAUAUUACGAUUUGGGUUGGUUGGCAGGGCCAAACUGAUUUCUCUCCCCAUUUAUCAAUGUCAGAAGAGGGGCAAUUGAUAAUAUAUGCUGCAGGUAAAGAUUUCAUUGUAAACAAUCAACAACCUUCUUCUUACGUUAAAAACACAACGGCAACUCUUCUUGAUAAUGGAAACUUAGUUUUGCAAAGUCCAGAGGGGCGUACGUUGUGGCAAAGUUUCGAUUACCCCACAAAUACUUGGCUUCCAGGCAUGAAAUUGGGUUGGUUUGGGCUCAAAACACCACGCCCUCACCAACGUUUUCUCACUUCUUGGACAAGCCAGCAAGACCCUUCUCAUGGGGCUUUUACCUUUGGUGUUGAUCCAAACAAUACUAAGCCACAGCAAGUUCUUAUGAGAAGAGGGAUUGUUUAUUGGCAAAGCGGGCCGUGGAAUGGUAAAGACUUUACAUUUCUUCCAAGCUCUGGCCUUAUUAACUUCAGCUAUUUCUCUGACGACAACGAACGCUACUUCAUUUUGAAUGAAGAUCUUCAUUUCAAUUUAACCUAUAUCCUUAUUCAUGCAUCUGGGGAAGUAACUGUAGAAAAUCGUGGAGAUAAUAUAUAUUCAUCCUUAAGUUAUAAUGACUGUUACAAUAGUGAAACGUCUUAUUUAGGGUGCGUAAGAGUCAAGAAAUCCAAUUGUAGUGUUGGAGACAAUGACUGGUUCCAUUCAACAACUGGUUUCAUUGAUGGAUGGGAACAACAUUUGUUUAACUCCACAUUUGGUAUCACUGACUGCAAGGAAAUGUGUGCAAAUAAUUGUUCUUGCAAAGCCUAUGUUUCUAUCAAUGCAGAAGCUGGAACAGGAUGUAAAUUUUCUUCUUCCCCUUCCUACCAUUAUGGCUCUGACGGUGAAGCUCUUUACAUUCGCCACAAUGCCAAACCAGCAAAUGGAACCAAAUUGUCUCUCCAUCCUGCCCCUCCGGCUUCCACAAAGACAAAGUCACACCACAAGAAAACAGCAACUAUAGCUGCUCUUACAGUACCAUUAUUUCUGGUGAUCCUUGCCAUGGUUUUCAUUGUGUGGUAUAUGAAUCCAAGAAAAUGUUGCCGCAGUUGCAUCUUAGCCCCAACUGAACAUUCAAGGCAACAACUUGCUGGUAAGGAGGAUGACAACUUACCUUUCUUCAAUUUCAAAACCAUAGAGAUGGCUACCAAUUACUUUUCUAUUGAAAAUAAGCUCGGUCAAGGAGGAUUUGGUCCUGUAUAUAAGGGAAUAUUGCCUAAUGGUCAAGAAAUCGCAGCAAAGCGACUCUCAAAAAUAUCUGGACAAGGAAUUGAACAAUUCAAAAAUGAGGUUCUAUUGAUUUCAAAAUUGCAGCACAGGAAUCUUGUAAGACUUCUAGGUUGUUGCACUCAUGAGGAUGAAAGAGUAUUAAUAUACGAGUAUUUGCCAAAUAAAAGUUUGGAUUCAAUUCUUUUUGAUGAAAGGAAGAAAGAUUGUCUUGAUUGGAGAAAGCGUAUCUCCAUAAUUGAUGGGAUUGCACAAGGGCUUUUGUAUCUUCAUAAGUAUUCAAGAAUGAGAAUUAUUCAUAGGGAUCUUAAAACAAGUAACAUCUUACUAGACAUUCAUAUGCAUCCAAAGAUUUCAGAUUUUGGAACGGCUAGAAUAUUUAAAGAUAAUGUUGAUCAAGCAAGCACAAAAAGCAUUAUUGGGACUUAUGGUUACAUGUCUCCGGAAUAUGCAAUGAAUGGUUGUUUCUCCGAGAAAUCUGAUGUUUUUAGCUUUGGAGUCAUGGUAAUGGAGAUAGUGAGUGGAAAGAGAAACAAUGACUUCUACAAUCCAAAUCAUGUUUCAAAUUUACUCGGUCAUGCUUGGGAUAUGUGGAUAAAAGGAAGAAUUUCAGACUUAAUAGAUUCAACAAUGGAAAAAACAGUUUCAAUAAAUGAAGCCACAAGAUGUAUCCAAGUAGGUUUGCUAUGUGUUCAAGAUAAUGCAGCAGAUAGGCCAACAAUGUCAGAAGUGGUAUCUAUACUUGGUAAUGAAUCAACAAUCUUACUUACCCCUAAACAACCUGGUUUCUUUACCGUUAUCGGCUUAAAAUGUGAUGAUGUCGAUAACAAUCCAAAAGCCUCGGCUAAUAUGAUCACAAUUUCAGACAUUGAAGGUCGAUAACAACAUAACCAUGGUGUUUAUCACACUGCUCUCAUUACACAAUACUCCUAUUUUCCGUUUCUUUUAAUUUUUUUUUCUAUUUGAAUGGUGUAAUCAUUUGAGACCUACUUUUGCUGUUGAAAUGUUUGUCAAAAAAUUAUUAGAAAUUGCAUAUUUACUGUUAUAAUGCUGA